CGGAGGAGGCGCGGAGGAGGCGCGGCCGCCACGGGACGCCUGGCGGGGCCCGGCCACGGCAGAGGCGCCUCCUGCAUCUCGGCGGUCGGCCCGCUGCUAGGAGCCCGCGGCAGCGGCGGCGGUGGCGGGCGGCAUGCGCGUGUGAGAUGCGGCCGCGGGCAGCCCGGACGCGAACAGCGGCCCCCGAGGCAGCGGCCAAGGCAGACGCGGCCUCCUCAGCGCCGGGCGCGCAGUGCAUGAGGGCGAGCACGCGGGCGCUGGGCAGCCGCCGGCCGCGCCGCCUCCAUAAACACUUGUUUAGGACUCGUUCGCCCCGUUGAGGCCUCCAGUGCCCCCGCCAUGGAGGCCGCGCCAGACCCCGAGCCCCACGCCGCGGCCUUGGCCUCGGCCGCGGCCCCGCUGCGCGCCCCGGAGGUGGCGCGGCUCCGCGAGGAGCAGGAAAAGGUGGUCACUAACUGCCAGGAGAAAAUCCAGCAUUGGAUGAAGGUAGAUAAUGACUAUAAUGCCCUUCAAGAAAGACUCAGUACCCUGCCUGAUAAGUUGUCUUAUAAUAUCAUGGUACCAUUUGGCCCCUUUGCCUUCAUGCCAGGAAAACUUGUCCAUACUAAUGAAGUCACUGUUUUACUUGGGGACAACUGGUUUGCAAAGUGCUCAGCAAAACAGGCUGUAGGUUUAGUUGAGCACCGGAAAGAACAUGUAAGAAAAACAAUAGAUGAUUUAAAAAAAGUGAUGAAAAAUUUUGAAUCCAGAAUUGAAUUCACUGAAGAUUUGCAGAAAAUGAGUGAUGCUGCAGGUGAUAUUGUUGAUAUAAGAGAAGAAAUUAAAAGUGACUUUGAAUUUAAAGGGAAGCAUCGAAUUGCUCAUAAGCCCCAUUCCAAACCAAAAACUUCAGGUAUUUUUGAAGCGGAUUUUGCAAAUGAUGUAAAAUCCAAGGACUUGCUGGCUGAUAAGGAACUGUGGGCUCGACUUGAAGAACUAGAGAGACAAGAAGAAUUACUGGGUGAACUUGAUAGUAAGCCUGAUCCUGUGGUUGCAGAUGGAGAAGAUACAACGUCUUCUGAAGAGGAAAAAGAAGACCCAAAGACAGAUAUGAAUGCGAUGUGUCAAGUAACAGACUCUCUUGAUCCCAGCAGUUGCCAUACAGAUAUUACAAAUGCACAACUGUUUAAUGGUCAAGUGAAUAGUCAGUUGAACUGUUCACUGAAUGGUUCAGUUUCUUACCAGAAUAAUGAAGAUGAUGAUGAGGAAGAGGAAAAUGGUGAUGAUGGUGAUAAUGAAAAUGACCAUGAUACUUUAGGAGCUGGAGAUAACUCCAUACCAACAAUAUAUUUUUCUCAUACUGUGGAACCUAAGAGGGUCCGAAUAAAUACUGGAAAAAAUACCACUUUAAAAUUUAGUGAAAAGAAAGAAGAAGCCAAACGUAAGCGAAAGAACAGCUCUGGCAGUGGUCAUUCCACCCAAGAACUGCCCACCAUCAGGACUCCUGCUGACAUUUACAGAGUCUUUGUUGAUAUUGUGAAUGGAGAAUAUGUCCCUCGUAAGUCAAUCCUGAAGUCUCGGAGCCGAGAGAACAGUGUGUGUAGUGAUACCAGUGAAAGCAGUGCUGCUGAAUUUGAUGACAGGCGUGGGGUUUUGAGAAGUCUUAGCUGUGACGAAGCCACUUGGAGUGAUGCUAGUGAGAGCAUUUUGGAAGAAGAACCACAAGAAAAUCAUCAAAAGAAACUUUUGCCCUUAUCAGGAACACUUGAGGCUUUUUCUGGAACUGUAAUAGAGAAAGAAUUUUUUUCAUCCUCCUUAACACCACACCAAGCCAUUGCUCAUCCUGUCCUGCCCACCAUUCCAGAACGAAAAGAAGUUCUGUCACAUGUACCAGAAGAAACUGUGAAGAGGGUUUCAAGGUUCAAAGCUGCCAGAUUGCAACAGAAAAACUAGACCUUGCCUAGGAUAAUGGGAGUCUACAUCCUAAACCCUUGUGCAUUUUAGAGUAUAUAUAGCAAAAUAUGUCAAAUAUUUGAAAUAAGGCAUUCUGAAUUAAGUUGGCAGCAAGUUCUCUGAUCCUUAUCAGUGGUAUUAAAAAUAUCAAAGUAAAUGUUUGAAUCCUCUAAUAUUCAGCUUGUUUUUGCUAAUUCUCUGAAUACUGUCAACACUCUUGUCUAAGAUUGCCUUAUGAUGUAGUGGCAGCAUUUUGAAUUAUUUUUCAAAGAAUAUUGUUCACAUGCAUUGUUUUUGUGUUUCCAACUAAAUACAGGCAGUUUUGUACCAGCUGCAAUGUUGUGCAUACCAUAUGGACCAUUUUUAAAGAAAGUUUUAAAAUUUCACAUAGAUUCAACAACUUAUAUUACUUGCUUUCAUAUUUUAAAGGCACUUUAAAGAAAUCUAUUUCUCUUGUAAGUUUUGAGCUAGGUGGCUGUUUUAAAAUCUUCUUCCCUUUGAAUGUCAUACUGUAAUCUUUAAGGCAGAAAGCCACAUGUACCCUAUGGGAAAGUUUCUUUGAUUGGAAGAAUGUUAUUUUGUUAAAAAUGUUUUUCAAGUAAAAGUUUUAUGAAACCCGG